GCAUUUGUUUCCUCCCGCCUGAGCGCUUCCCCUGAUCUCUCUUCUAGGCGCCAGUCGACGCAGCAGUUGUCGCCGGACCAUGAUGCUGGGUCUACUCUUCGCGUUUGCAUCGCACUUCUCUGCUAUUGGGUAGCGGGCUACCCAAGACGGUACUGGUCCUUGCGAGGUGUGGGGCACGUGUCCUUUCUGCAGUCUCUGCGCAACAUGGCGCGUAUGUACUACAUGCCUGUUCAUUUUAUAUGGCAAGAGGUAUACAGGACACAUGGACCUCUGGCAGGCACCUUCACCAUGCUCACUCCAACACUUAUGGUCGCUGACCCCCUGCUGCUGAAAGAAAUCAUGAUCAAGAAUUUUGGCUCAUUUCCCAAUACAGAGUUCAUCAGGCAAGUCGGUGACCCGGUUCUUGACAACAUGCUGGUGGCCCUAUUGAACAACGAGUGGCGUACAACGCGAAAAAUCGUAUCACCAGUUUUUACUACGUCCAAGAUCAAGCAGAUGGUUGUUACAGUAAACGAGUGUGCCAAGGACAUGAUACGGAACUUCGCGGACGCCGAAAGCAAAGGGACACCCUGUGAUGUAAAGCUGAUCUUCGGAGCAUUUGGAUUAGACGUCACAGCACAGACAACAUUCAGCUUUAGGCUGGACUCCCACCGGGAUGUGCACAAUCCGUUCGUUCUGCAGGCCAAGCGCUUUUUUGCAGCUGAGAACAACUGGAGAGCUUUUUUCUCUUUCCAGUUUCCCCGCCUGAGCAAAAUGUUCGGAUUACGCAUAUUCUGUCCGGACGCCGUCGAGUAUUUCAGCGGUGUGAUGACGAACCUCUUGCAGCGAAGGAUCUCUGAAAACAAAAACGAGAAGACUGAUUUCGUGCACCUCCUGAUGAACGCAGAGUGCCACGAAGAGGACGGCCACCAGCAGAAAGACACUGGCACGCGGGGGCUCACUAAGGAUCAAGUGCUCGCCCAGGCUGUUCUCUUCUUUGUCGCUGGUUACGACACAACAACAAUCGCGAUGUCAAUGGCCGUCUACUAUCUGGCACAGCACAAGCACAUACAGGAACGCCUCAUAGAAGAAAUUGAAGAUGUCCUCCAAAAACAAAGCGACAUUACCUACGAAGUAAUCAUGGGACUGCAGUAUCUGGACGCCGUAUGCAUGGAGGUUCUCCGGAUGAAUCCACCUGUGCAGAUGACAUACAGAACGUGCGUUGAGAGCACCGUAUUGGGCAACAUACCAAUUGAAAAAGGCACUCUCAUCAGAAUUCCAAUUUUUUCUAUUCAACAUGACGAAAAAUAUUUUCCGCAUCCUGAGGUGUUCAACCCAGACAGGUUCCUGGACGAGAAUAAAGAGCACGUUGUGCCCUUCAGCUUCUUACCUUUUGGAGAAGGGCCCAGGCAGUGUGUCGGCAUGAAAUUUGCCUCAAUGAAUGUCAAACUUGGCCUUUUCCACGCCCUGUCCAGGUUUUCGUUCGAAACGUGCUCCGAGACACAAAUUCCUCCCAAGUAUCAUCCAAGCAUUCUACUUCUACUUCCUUACGAAAUAAAGCUCAGAAUCAUCGACAGAAAGAGCAGGUAGCCGCGCCCUGUUCGUGUGCUGACAGGAUUGUCCAUGGAGGGAUGCACUGAGCCCACAACAGAAUGAUUUGGAUUCUUUGAAUACAGAAAAUAAAGAACAUGU